CACUAUCAUGGGCUUUCUUAGUACGAAGCACUUUGUUUCACCAACAUUCUCCCGUGGUAUAUACACUGUUACUUGAACCUCACGUCUAGAAGACGACCUGGCCCUUCUAAUCACCCGUUGUUAAUCCAUAGCGGUCGAACGCGUGACGACGGGCCCACGGUAGGGGGUGAUCUCCGUCUCUGCUGGCAGGGUCAAGCCUCUGGACUCCUUGAGACUGGUGAUGCAUAAUGCGCCGAAAUUCUCCAGGGUUAUCCAACAUUGUAUUCAAUUCAGCGGCGCGUAAUGCGGCCAGUGUCGCGUGUACGGAGCCUCAAGUCCGUUCUCAUAGUAGUGCUCCCUUCCAUCUUCUAACGCAUGCUGCAGUCUUAACAGCGCUGUUCUUCGUUAUGGUCUAUACCACGCUUCCCAGGGCACGGAUCCGGACCAGCCUGCUCUUCAUGCUUUGCAGUAGAUAUCAUUGUAUAGUGACCAUAAGAAAUAUUAAAACAUCUAGAAUUCAUCUUGACCCAAAAUCGUACACAGAAAAUGCGCACCAGUACAUGUUGGGAAUAGACGUCGGCAGGCACAAAGAACGUGGCGGAUAUGGCUCGAACGAACGUAUAUUCGUGGACAGAUACGUAGGCGGUGGUGGUACGAAGCCAAGAAGCGGUAAUGAUCGGUACGAAAAUCAAAAUAAGGUAAAACAAAAGGCGGCAUAGCCGUCGGCCCAGUGGCUGUGAAACCAUAUCCUCAACAGUACACUGAUCAUGGUUCAUUCAGAUGUGGCUACUGUAUGUAUGUAUGUACCUAACCCGUAUCGCAUCGCCAUCUCCGCAGAUCUGUGUCUGUGUCUGUGUCUGAGGCCUGGUGAGGGCUUAGUACUCAUCUAGGAGCCCGGGAUCCGGUGUCUCUCAACUUCCUUCCUC